GUUUCUAAGGCUGUUAAUCAGUUGAAUGCUGCCAGCAGUCCGAAGGUAGCCGCAUUUCAAGUGUAUCUUGGAUUGAAUGGCUCACAAGAGGAUCUCAAGCUUCCGUCGAAUAAUUAUUUCUUGUACAAAAGCAACGAAGCCACGGCUGCAGAUGAUUAUUUGCGUUUGUCCGCUGAUGAAGCUGUCAAGUACGGAUGUCCUCCGUUUAUUUAUGUCACAUUCCCAUCUGCAAAAGAUCCAAAAUGGGACGAUAGACAUCCAGGCGUAUCAACAUGUCAGCUAAUAACAAUUACGAACCCGGAGUGGUUCGAACAAUUCCGAGAUAAGUCAACGAAGAAAUCACAGAAACGACUCAACAAGGACGAUUAUCUGCAACUGAAAAACGCUUUUGCUGAGAUUAUGAUCGAGCGCCUCAGCGAACUAUUUCCACAGUAUGCAAAGGAGAUAAUUUUUAGCGAAAGCUCAACAUCUAUUUCACAACAAUAUUAUAUGCAAAAUGAUUAUGGAGAACUCUAUGCGUUGCCACACACAGUCGACAGAUUCAAAUCAGACAUAUGGACGGAACUGAGACACGAAUGCGAUAUCCCAGGGCUUAUACUCUCUGGUCAGGAUGUGAUGUUUUGUGGUGUGACCAGUGCACUACACAACGGCUUGUUAACGGCUCAAGCAAUUCUCAAGGGAGACCUUCUCAAAGAUCUGGAUAAAGCUAUUCGGCUACAAACCGAAAAUGUCAACAAAUCCGAAUAA